GGGCGCAGCGUCACGCGAGGGCAGGUCCCGGAGUUCUCCGCGCGGCGCCUUCCGUUCCUCUUUGUUUUCCGUUCCUCCUGGCGGCCGUUGUGAAUGCUCCGCAAUGCGCUCCCUCGGAGGGUUCUUGCUGGUCCUGGGGGCGGCCACGGCGGCCCUUUACUUGCUGUCGGUGCGGCUGCCCGGAGAGCCGCGCGCGGGGAGCGGGUCACUAAAGUUUCCUUCAGACCUAGAGGAACUGCAAAAGCUUGCAGAGUUUCUACGGUACUACAAUAGAGAACACCAUACUUAUGUGCUGCUACUGUUCUGCAGUGCCUACCUAUACAAACAGUGCUUCGCCAUACCUGGCUCCAGUUUUCUGAACAUCCUUGCUGGGGCUCUCUUUGGACCAUGGAUGGGACUCCUGUUGUGUUCUGCCUUGACAUCUGUGGGUGCCACUUGCUGCUAUGGGCUGUCCAAUGUGUUUGGGAAAAAAUUUGUCACCUACUAUUUUCCUGAUAAGGUGGCCAUGCUUCAAAGGAAGGUGGAAGAGAACAGAAAUUCCUUAUUUUUUUUCUUGUUGUUUCUGAGGCUGUUUCCCAUGACUCCAAACUGGUUUCUGAAUCUCACAUCUCCAAUCCUGAACAUCCCCGUUACUCAGUUCUUCUUCUCUGUAUUCAUAGGCCUCAUCCCGUAUAACUUCAUCUGCGUCCAGACUGGUUCAAUCCUUUCACAGAUCACCUCCCUUGAUGCUAUUUUCUCCUGGAGUACUCUGUUCAGGAUGUUGGCUAUUGCCAUGGUGGCAUUAAUUCCUGGGACCUUCAUUAAGAAAUUCAGUCAGAAGCAUCUCAACUUGGACAAAAAUAGCCAGAGCGCCCAUUUCCUCAAUGGGAGAAAGAGUAGCUGAAUGGGCUGGGUUAGGGCCAGAUAUUAUAGAAGUCUAUUUAUGGGAAAGGUGCAAUUCCCCCCUCCCCCAACCAGCCCAUUUUGUUUUUACUGAACUUUAAAAUCCCUGGUGCAGUUGUGGGCAUCUCCUUUCAGUAACAUAUAGACAGAGAACAAUUUCUGCUCUUAAUGUGUUUUUU